AGCGCCUCCCUUCAAGAUACGCGCCUGCACCGCGCUCUCUUGUUCCGGUGACCCUCCACCACUACUCGUUCCUCGCCUUCCGAUACCUACCUGCACCGACCACCACCCGCCGCUCAGGAAGCUCCUGCGGCAUCGCCGGACCUUUGUAAUAACUCGUCCGGCGAUCGGGCUGUCAGGUUGCCCGCAGAGCCGCACCGCAGCUUCUUCCACACUAUUCCAGGACCGCCUCCAUCGACCCGCCGUCCUGAAACCUUCCCUUUCACCACCGCAUCCCAUCAAGACCCCAUCGGAGGAGUGGAAUACGACUUAGGUUCGGGAAGGCUGCCUGCCUUCUGGCUGGGCUAUUGCCAUCAUGGGCAAGAUUAAGAAGACGGCUAAUGCGAGGCACAACGUGACUGUAUCUCCUAUGAUCACAGAGUUUGUCAAAGCCACUUCUUCCAUUCCACUUUUUCAGUUACCCGCACACCUUGCUUCAUUUCCUCGACUAUGGCCCUUUCCUAGAGGUGACCUGUUCCACUGGAUACUCGCGCUGAACCGCUUCGACCGCAUACUGGACCUCUUCAACCAGGAAUAUGAGCUAGCGAGCGGGCCACAGACGCAGCCUUUCCAGCGGCGGCUACUGCUGAAGGGCGAUACUGACGAGGAGGGCAAGCUGAUAUCGGAACAGACGCCGACGGGUGCCAUUCUUGACGAGCUCCGCUUCUCUGAGGAAGGUGACCGCGAGUUGGUUGAACAGAUUCUCUCUUUCACUAGGCUGCUUGUGGAGCAAUGUGGGAAUCGGAGUUUGUACGCGAGCAGCAGCCAUCUGAACAACCUCCUCAACACGACGUCUAUCUCCCUCCUCAAGACUACACUUCGCUUGAGCCAUCGCCUUGCUCAGCGAUACCAUGCUUCUCGCUCACGGAUGCCUCCGGCCUCCAUGCACAACAAUCUCCUCACAGGCCACUACAAUAUCAAUCUAGAGAAGGUUAAUAAGCUGGCGGCACCACUCCCGAAGUCCCCUUCAACUGCUCUAGCUCUCAACACACCGUCGGUAAAGGGAAAGGAGAAGGUGGCCGUGGAUCGUAAGGGCAAGAGCGAGAAGAUUAACCCGGCUGAUCUGGUGUCGCUGGUCAAGGACGACAUAUCAGAAUCCGUUCUCAGUGAUGAAUGGGGCGGGGUGGUUCUGUCUUACUACGAGCCUUCUCCAGUCGCUGUUGAUGGUGCCAGCAAGUCCGCCGUUCCAGAGACGCCCGCGUCACCUACGAUGCCCAAGACUCCUACUCCUGCCCGCCGGACAUCAAAUCUGGGUCCCAAUCAAACUCCUCGACCGCAUCGCACAUUGUCUUCCGAUGAAUCUCCAACGACGGCGACGCUAGCUGGCAAUCGGGACCACGAGUACGCACGGCACUCUGGGCCAAAAUUGUUCGAGCUUUCCCCCUCCAAAGUUGCUUCUACCCCUGCGCAUGAGCUGGUAAGCGCUGGCUUGAAAGAGGUGCCCGAGAGCUCUCAGUAUGAGCUUUUGCAUCGGAUUCGGGUUGCCAAGGCCAUGACAUCGGAAAAGUCCAGUCGAGCAGAUCUGGUGGCAAUUCGCUUGCUUGCUGUUGCAAAUGUCGCCUACGUAUAUUCGGAACCCAACUUUCAACAGAAAAUUGGCCAGCAAGAUUCUGAUGAACCCCGUCGUCUCCAGCUCGCCUAUCAACUGUCCGAACUUGUCCAUCCCCCGGGAAAUGGUGAAUCUGGUGUCUCAAGAGAGCUCCAGACACAUGCAUUGAACGCUCUCGAGGCGUUGACAAAGCACAAGAUCAAAUCAGGGGACGUUUGCUCUGCACUCAGUGUUAAUGUGAAUCAUGGAGUCCUAUUCUACGUGGUACGAAAGGCUGUCGCAGAACUGGCAGUGGAGGAGACCCCCGGCGAACCCUCCGAUGAAGAUGACUGGCGGGAGGCACUCUUCGGAUUGCUCAAUAGCCUUCCAAACUCUCAGCUGCGAACAGGUGAAGCCAUGGUGUCCGCAGGCCUGCUCGAGAUUCUAGUCGAAGUACUCACACUCCGAACCAACAAGGCAGAGCGGAAUCAUCCGAAAGUCCUGGGUUUUUUGGACACCUUUGUAUACAAUCUUCGCGAUGCUUUCCAAGCAAUGGUCAACGCCAAAGGGCUGGAGAUUAUUGCUGAUCUAGCUUCUUACGAGGUUGAAUCGUCGAAGGCACGCGCAGAGCAAGGCGAUGGGAUGCCAAGCAACUUCAAGACUCAGUUGACCGAUUACCAAAUCCCUUAUCAUCAACAGCAAACACUUCGCUGGCUGUUCAAAUUUAUGAAUCACAUGAUGGGUCACACUGGAGGUAACUUCGAUCGACUGUUGCGGAACCUGAUUGAUUCUCCGCAACUGCUGCGGGCUUUGCGCACAGUGAUAUCGAACGCUUCGACCUACGGAUCCACAGUAUGGAGUAUGGCGGUCUCAAUCUUGACAAGCUUCAUUCACAACGAGCCUACGAGCUACCAAGUAAUCGCCGAGGCGGGGUUGAGCAAGGCUUUCCUGGAAUCCGUGACCAACAAGACGAUAGUGGAGAAGGAGGAGCAGGUCUCAGCCGACGAGGAUCGCGCAGGAUCUGACGAGACUACCCCACUUCCUGAAUCCCUACGAUCAUCAACGAAUCCCGCAUUUAUUCCGAAGCCAGCCCUGGUGUUCUUUCCUCCGCGAGAUGGACCCUUGGCGCAAGGGAUUUUGCCAGUCGCGGAAGCCAUCUCGAACAUUCCAUCGGCGUUUGGAGCGAUUUGCUUGGCAGAGGCCGGCAUGAAGCUUUUCAAAUCAUCCGACGCCUUGGCGAGCUACUUUGAGGUUUUCGAAAGCCCAGCACAUGUCAAGGCUCUGGACGGCGACCCGGAUGUGUCCACCAUAAUCGGUAAUGCUUUUGACGAGCUCGUUCGCCACCAUCCUGCACUCAAGAACGAUGUCCUCGAUUCCGUCUACCAAAUGGUCAUUCGCGUGACGACCUUGUGCUAUAACAAGGCAGCCGAAGAGGGUGCAGGAGCGAAGCUCUGGAUCAAUGAUAAAGACGGUCGGAUUGUUGUCUCAGGCGGUCGCCGAGCGCUCAAAGGCCAACAAGGACCCCUACAUUCAGCCCUUCACGGCGACGAUGUCAACAUGACUGAUGCGGAUGAAGCGGACGCCGGCGAUUCUUCCUUGGACAAGGAUGCCACGUUCGAUCAGGUUUCUGACGCUGAAGACGCGAAAGACAAUCCUAGUGCUUCUAAAUACAUCGCCGUCGUGUGCAAAUUCCUUGGGGGGUUCUUCUCUAAUAUCAGUCUCUGUCAAUCUUUCAUCGAGAAGGGUGGACUUGAAUUCGCUCUAGAUUUCGCAACACUACCUUGCUUGCCGUACAAGUUCAAUGAUCCUACAGGUUCUAGCGAGGAGGUGAGCCGAGUAAUUCAGCUACUUGUCGAGCAGAAACCGCAUUUAGCACUUCCGUCGCUUCUUCAGCGGGCACAGAAAGCUGUAGAUCAGCUGGAGCCUCUGAUGAAGCAUAGCUCUGAAGAGGCCUUCUUUGCCCCGUUCACGAAAUCGCCUCUGACGUCGGAAUUUGCAUCUUCUGCAACACGGCAAGAUGUCUUAGACCAUGGCACCGGAUAUGCGAAAGCCCUUGUUACAGUCCAAACACUCUGCAACGCGCUCUCCUUGACGUUCCAGUCCCAAAUCUACAAUCAUCGCUCUACGAACAAUAUCUUCUCCCAGGUCAACCUUGCUGAUAUGUAUGCGCGCCUAAUAGAAAGCCUCGGCCGGCUUCAUAGGAGUUGUGUUUGGGAAGAGAUCCUGCUUCAGAACCAAAUGCCAUCAGAUUGGGAGAAAGCUACGCGAAUCAAGAGCUCUGGGUUUGGAACAGACGAGGCCGAUGAUGUCUUGCGAAUAUCGCAUGAUCGUACACCGUCUUUCUCAACCGAGACUACGACUGGUUUUGCGGAUGGCCAGAUCGCAUCGACCAACGACAGCAACCACUCCGAAGGAACGGCAGACUCGGCGGCUCCCCGUAGAGAUCGAGACAGUGCACAGUUCAAGAACACUCAAAUCCUACGCUAUCUUUUGAGCAGUGUGCCGACAGCAAUCACGCCUUUCUUCUCCUCCCUCGGCAAGUUGCUCCUGUUCCGUCGAGGCAUUGAACCAUAUCCGAAACAAGGUCAUGUCAUUGUAGCAGACCAACUUGCGAAAGCAGGCAUGGAUCAGUUGCUUUUCGACGUCCCAACCAAUGCCGAAUCAGCUAGGGAUCGCUAUGCCUAUUGGAUAGUCAUCUUGACGGAUGUCUCUCAACUCUUUAUCGACACCGGCAUGGAACGUGGCUAUCCCCAGGCUUUGACACUUGUCUUGCAGUGCUUCAAGAACCAGGGGGGGUUUGCUGUUCUAGGCGACAUUCUUGAGUCGUUUUACGAUGAGGCUACGUCUAUCAUCGCAACACAAGGUGAUGACAAGCCCAAGGAUGAUGUGCAAGGAGCGCUUAAUCUAUCCCUUGGAGGGGUCAAGAUCAUUCUCGCAUUCUACCAUCAGAUCAUCAACUCAAAGUUGAUCAAUGAGGCUUCACAGACUGCGGCGAUGCAAUCACGGCCAGACAAGGACCGAGAUAAGCCUGACUACUUCUUUCCUAACCAGUUCGUGGUUGAACUUCGUGCGGCUGUCAUCAAGCCAGUGCAGAAGAUCUGGAACUCCGAUCUCAUGGACAAGGCUACGACUUCCAUUGUGAAAACUCUAGUCGCAAUCUUGAAGACUGUGUUAGACGGUGACACCGAAAAUGGAGCUUAUAAGCGCUCUGACAAACUUCCGACGCGUAGUAAAAUUCCUCUGAGGGUAUACAAAGUGCGUCCCGAGAGUGUACAACGGUUGAAAGAUUCAGGCUUCACUGAGGAGCUUGCUAUAGAAGCUCUAUAUCGCUGUUUCGACGAAGCUACAAAGGCUCGCGAAUACUGCGCUGCCCAUGCAACUGAUCUCAGGGCUUCCCGGAACCCAUUGCCCUAUUAUGAGGUCAAGAAGGAAUCUUCCUCUUCGCCUGUGAGGGCCGCUGUCGUUGUACCCGAGCCAAUGGAUGACUCUAGUACAUCUGUCGAUUCGGAGGCCCCAGAUACCAAUUCUGUGACCAUGGAAGAUGUAGCGGACUACUCCAAGCAAACACCAUCGGCAGCUGGAGCAACCUCGACAAUAGAGCCAGCCGGAUCGCACCCAGUAACUGGAUCAGAAUGGGAUGGGCCCUAUCUCGUCCUAAAACUCAGCGACCGAGAGGAUACAAAGCCGGUCCCAGUCGUCACGGUGGAUGACCUGGAUAGUGAACGCGCUACGCUAAGGAAAAACCUGAUCGACCGGUCGCUAGAUGUACUCAACGUCCACGAUAACGUUACUUUCGAGCUCUCUGACUUGAUUUCAGCCGCUGUUUCCAAGGCAACGGAACCAACGGCAUUGCGUGGUGAGAUUGGAUCUACACUGGUGCAAUCUCUUAUCUCGAUGCAGACCGGCGAUGACUUCCGUGACAACAGCAAGAAGAUUGCUGCUUCCGCCCAUCUGCUCGCGCUUGUUCUUCAAGAGAAGGACUUCUAUGACGCGACUGUUGAGGAGUUGAAGGAUAGCUUCUCGAUACUGCUUGAGUUCAUCAAGAUCCCGCCCUCCCAGUCCACCGAAGAAUCUGCGCCCUGGAUAGGCCAAGUACUUCUCAUUAUAGAGCGCCUUUUGGCCGAAGACGCGCAGCCGCAUCAAAUACAGUGGACGCCUCCCAGCAGCGACAAUCCGUCGGAAGACACGUCGAUCGUGAAACUUCCCGAGCCAGUUGUGACUCUUGACGAAAAGAACCAGAUGUUCGAUGCCAUCAUGCAGGUAUUGCCACAGAUAGGCAAAGACGAAUCUUUGGCGCUGUCUGUUUCUCGCGUUCUGGUAAUGCUUACGCGGACUCGUAAAAUUGCAGUUCGUCUUGGUGAAAAGCGAAAUAUCCAGAGACUCUUCCUCAUGGUCAGACAACUCGCCGGAAUCACAAAUGACGGUCUUCGGAGCGCUUUCAUGUUGAUCCUCCGACACAUCAUUGAGGAUGAAGCAAUCAUUCGCCAAGUCAUGCGUAGCGAGAUUCAGUCAGCUUUCGAGUCACGGGACAGGAGGGCGACAGACACGACAGCCUACGUGAGGUCGAUGUACCAACUGAUCCUUCGCGAUCCCGAAACCUUCGUGGAGGUGACGAAUGAGAAACUUACGAUUCCGCGAUACGAACCGAACCAGACACCACAGACUUUGGCGUUGAAAAAGGAGGCGACCGCUCUUCCGACCGCAGACAACGCUGGACCUGCCUCUGCCGAGAUUAAUGAGAACUCUGCGAGUUCCGACGCUGAAAAGAUCAAGCCCUCAACUGAGGUGAAGUCAGGCGAAGGAUUAGAGAGGACGAGAACUCAGGAUCUUAAACCUCCUAUUGUCGAGAAUCCGGACGGCGUAAUCCAUUAUAUGCUGUGCGAGUUGCUGACUUACAAAGAUGUGGAUGACAAAGAGCCACCUGUCCAAUUCUCUGACGACAAAGCAAAGAAGUCGACAACCACAGAUGUGGCGAUGGCAAAUGGGGAAUCGAGCUCGUCUGCACCAGCAGCUUCGACCCCUGUAACUGAAUCAAAGAAGGCAGACAAAACGGAGUUCAAGGCUGAAGCGCACCCCAUCUACAUUUACCGAUGCUUCAUUCUUCAGUGCCUGACAGAGCUUCUUGCCAGCUACAACCGUACGAAAAUUGAGUUUAUCAAUUUCUCACGCAAGGCCGAUCCUCACGCCAUGACGCCAUCCAAACCUCGCUCCGGUGUCCUGAACUACUUGCUCAAUGCAUUGGUCCCAGUGGGAACCUUAAGUCACGGAGAAGAUUUGGCGUUCAAGAAGCGGUCCGCAACCUCGUCCUGCGCCAUCAAUGUUGUCGUAGCUCUUUGUGUCAAAACCGGAGAGAAUGGCAUUGCAAAGGCUCUCCAGCCCUCGCCUUACGUCGAGGACGAGACCGAUCUUCUUUUUGUCCGGAAGUUCGUGCUUGAGCACGCUAUCAAAGCAUUCAAAGACGCUUGCACAUCGGAAGAACCACUGGAUAUGAAAUACUCUCGCUUGCUUGCGAUCUCUGACAUCUUCUCUAAGAUGAUUCUUUCGAGACUCGAUAAUGGUGGCAGCACUAAUGCACUCUCACCCACUCAGAAGCAACUAGCCAAGAUCAUGUAUGAGAAGAACUUCAUCUCGACGCUUACGACUUCUAUUGCGGACAUCGAUCUCAACUUUCCCAAUGCCAAGAGAGUAGUGAAGUACAUACUACGGCCUCUCAAAUUCCUAACCGAGAUCGCCGUUGACCUCAGCACUCUUUACGAGGACUCGUCAACGCCAGGGAACACGGAAGAGGAUGAGAUAUCAACUGCAUCGGACGUCAGCGACAUCGAGACAGAUCGAGAAGAGACCCCGGACCUCUUCCGCAACUCUACUCUCGGCAUGUUUGAGCCUGGACAGAACAUGGAGUCCGAAUCUGAUACCUCCGAUGAUGAGGACGACGAUGAGAUCUACGAUGACCAGUACGCCGACGACAUGGAGUAUGAUGAAGAAAUGGGCCAAGAUGACGAAGAUGUCAUUAGCGAAGAAGACGAAGAAAUGGAUGGCAUGGGCCCCCUGGAAGGUCUUUCUGGCGAAAUGCCCAUGGACGUCGAGGUCGUCAUAGGUGAAGAGGGCGACGACGAUCUCUCCGAGGACGAAGACGGCUCAGAAGACGACGAGGACGAUGACCCUGACGACAAUGAUAUCGAGGAUAUGGAAGAAGUCACUGGAGAUGACGAGAACGCUAGCCUUGGCGGAGGGGAAGAAGACGACUGGGCAAGCGAGGACGAGGAUCACGAUCACGACGGCUUCCUUGGGCCAGACGACGACGCCGACCACGAUCACCAGUCCUCUAUUAACCAGAUCAUUCAGGUCAUCGGAGAGCGUGGUGGCCCUGACCUCAUAGACCAACUUCAGGGCGACAUGGCAAUGGAGAUGGCCGCAGAAGAGUUCAUGGAGGAGGACAUGCCGGAUGAAGAUGAUGAAGAUGACGAGGAGGAAGAGUAUGAUGAAGAAGACAUCAUCUACAACCCGGAAGGUGAAGAUGAUGAAGACAACGGCGUACCCGACUUGGGCUGGGGCUUUGAGCCUACUCCGCAUCCCCCCCGCGGCCAUGCUCAUCGCCUGAACCCAUGGAUGUUUGGAGGUGGUGACCGGAUCAUGGUACCCACAUAUCGAUCUCAUAGGCCUGGAACUGCUCCGCGCGGCAAUGAUGAUGGGGUCAACCCUCUCCUUUCACGUGCAGGUCGGUCCGGGCCAGGUGGUCAUUUUGGUGGGCCUCGCCCCGAGAGCAUGAGUGAUUGGGUUCACGCUAUCGAUCCCAUCCGUCCUGGUAGGAUAUUCGGCGGCGACAGCCCAGUGUCUUUUAUCAGCAACCUCCUCAACGCCAUGAAUCAAGGCACCGUUCAUCAUCACAACGGCGCGUUCCACCUCUCAAUCGGAAACUUACCCAUGGGGCUACCACCGCCUAUUGAUCCCGGGUUUUCGCGGAACAUGCGUCGUCCACAAGAGCAACACACUCGAGCUUCGCGGGAAGAUCCUUCCCUUGCAAUUUCUUUCAUCCGCGCCGGUACUAUGACGCGCUGGCAAGAAGAGGCUCGGAUGAUAUUCGGCAACAAUGUUACAGAUAAGAGCCAGCGAGUAGUCAAAUCGAUACUGCGACUGUUAGUUCCACCUGCACUCGAAGCUGCGAAGCGAUCGAAGGAAGAGCUCGCCGCGAAACAGAAGAAAGAAAAGGAAGAAAAGGAGGCUAGAGAGAAGAAGGAGCGUGAAGAGCGUGAAGCUGCUGAGGCCGAAGCAAAAGCUGCUGCCGAUGCCGAAGAGGCGGCGGCUGCUGCUGCUGCGGCUGCUGCCGAGACUACCGAACAACCUGCCGACGAGAGCGGCGAAGUGGAGCAAGCGUCUGCUACUGCAGUAGAGGGUCAAGCUAUGGAGGGCGUUGAGGCAACUCAGCCAGGCCCUGCGGCCGAGGCGACUGAAGCAGGCCCAGCAGAACCAACGCCACGAAUCACGACAACGAUCCGUGGCCGAGAGCUUGACAUAACUGGCAUGGGUAUCGACAUGGAGUAUCUGGACGCUUUGCCCGAAGACAUUCGAGAGGAAGUCCUGAUGCAACAAGUCCAGGAGCAGCGUUCACAGGCCGCAGCCGCAGGCGAAGAACCUACUGACAUUAGCCGAGAAUUCCUGGAAGCAUUGCCGCCCGACAUUCGAGAGGAGCUUCUCCAGCAGGAAGCUGCGGAGCGUCGUCGGAGAGAACGCGAAGAGCAGCGCCGCCGGGCACCCGCCGGUGCGGCUGCAGCUCGCGGAGAAGAUAUGGACACUGCUAGCUUCCUUGCUUCUCUGGAACCCGGCCUACGACAUGCCGUCCUCAUGGACCAAGAUGAGGAUAUGCUGGCCCAGCUACCAGCGGAAUUUGCAAUUGAAGCUAGAGCCUUGGGGGGUGAUCGACGGCUCAAUCAGCUUGAUGCCUACAAUACUCAAAUGCGGCGCGCACGUGGUCUUGGUCUUGACCGAGGACACGUCGACGAACAAGGUCAGAAGAGAAAGGCGCGGCCCUGUGUACAAAUGUUGGACAAAGCUGGAGUUGCCACCCUUCUACGACUGAUGUUCAUUCCCCAGACUGGCAGCUCAAAACAGAGCCUCAACUCUGUGCUCAAGAGUGUUUGCGAAAACCGACAGAACCGCGCAGAAGUCAUCAGCAUUCUCCUCUCGAUCCUGCAAGAUGGCAGCGCAGACAUCAACGCAGUGGAGCGGAGUUUCACCCAACUAUCCCUUCGUGCUAAGCAGCCCGCCUCGCAAAAGACCCCACAGCCGCUCAAGAGAUCCUUGACGGGUCAGUUUCCAACCGGCACCGAGGUGUCCCCUCUUAUGGUUGUUCAACAAUGCCUCAAUACUCUGGUCUAUCUGACCGGCACCAAUCCACAUAUUUCGAACUUCUUCCUGUCGGAGCACGAGACUGCUGUUGGGUUCAAGAGUCGGGCAAACCGCAAAGGCAAGGCGAAAGAGACCAAAGCCACGAAAUAUCCUCUGAAUGCUUUGCUCAGUCUGCUGGACCGGAAACUUAUCAUCGAGAGUUCAACUAUAAUGGAACAACUGGCCACUCUUCUGUGCAGCAUCACUCAACCGCUGCAGGCCUUACUAAAGAAGGAAAAGGAGAAGCCAGCCGAGGAGAAGAAAGAUGGCGACAAUGAAGAUGAAAUUCAGGCGACACCAGACCAAGCCACCACUUCCGCUCAACCCGGAACUGGAACUUCUGGUGAUACUGAGAUGACUUCGGCGCCGAAUGUUGUACAACCAAUCCAGGCUACGGCUGAAGGAGAAACAUCAACAUCGGAACCUCAAGCACCAGCGGCCGAAGCAGCUGAUGCAGAGGACAAAGCUAAGAAAGCUCGAGCUCUUGUGCCUCCAGACGUUCCGGAUUACAACCUCCGACUAGUCGCUAAGAUCUUGGCUGCCCGGGAGUGUAGCAGCAAAACAUUCAAGGAUACACUUUCCGUCAUUAACAAUCUGUCGCCUAUUCCCGGGGCGAAGGAGGUAUUUGGAAAGGAGUUGAUUGAUAUUGCACAGAGCCUUGGCCAGUCAAUCCUUAGGGAUCUCGAGGAUCUGACCGCUCAAAUUUCCAAGGCAGAAUCGCCCACCGAUGUUCAAGGAAUGGCGCUAUCAAACUUCUCGCCUGCCAGCUCUGACCAGGCAAAGCUUCUCCGCGUUUUGACUGCUCUCGACUAUCUCUUUGAUCCCAAGCGGGCAGAGAUCCAGGAUAAACCGUCCUCAAGCGGCGUGGAAGCAUUGGAGUCAUCUCAAAAGGAUGAUAUCCUCACUACGCUCUAUGAGAACUCAACCUUUGGCCCACUGUGGAACAAGCUCAGCGAGUGUUUGGCGGCGAUUCGCCGACGAGGAAACAUGCUCAACAUUGCUACAAUCCUCUUGCCCUUGAUAGAAGUACUGAUGGUUGUGUGCAAGAACACGACGCUGAAAGAUGCCCCUCUCGGAAAGAUGCAUGCGAAGGAGUUUGCGCUCUCCAGUCCGCCACCAGAGUCAAAGAUGGAGACACUUUUCUUUACGUUUACAGAGGACCAUCGGAAAAUACUGAAUGAUCUUGUCCGCCAAAAUCCCAAACUCAUGAGCGGCUCCUUCUCGCUUCUAGUCAAGAAUUCCAAGGUUCUCGAAUUCGAUAACAAGCGUAACUACUUCAAUCGUCGGCUCCAUUCGCGUGGCACAGAGGCUAGACAUUCGCAUUCAGCUCUCCAGCUUCAAGUUCGACGUGACCAAGUCUUCCUCGACUCAUUCAAGUCUCUCUACUACAAGAGCGCCGACGAGAUGAAGUACGGGAAGCUAAGCAUUCGCUUUCAUGGCGAAGAAGGAGUUGAUGCGGGAGGAGUUACUCGAGAAUGGUUCCAGGUGCUUUCGCGGCAGAUGUUCAAUCCUGACUACGCCUUGUUUGUUCCUGUGGCCUCGGACCGCACUACGUUCCACCCGAAUCGCCUCAGUGCGAUCAACCCAGAGCAUGCGUUGUUCUUCAAAUUUAUUGGCCGCAUCAUCGGAAAGGCCCUCUACGAAGGUCGCGUUCUUGACUGCCAUUUCAGCAGGGCUGUGUACAAGAAAAUCCUUGGCAAGUCCGUGAACCUGAAAGACAUGGAGACUCUAGACCUUGAGUACUACAAGUCGCUGCUCUGGAUGCUGGAGAACGAUAUCACCGACAUCAUUACGGAGACUUUCUCCAUUGAUAUCGACCAGUUCGGCGAAGUCCAAACUGUCGACCUGAUCGAGGAUGGCCGCAAUAUCCCGGUUACAGAAGACAACAAGCAUGAAUAUGUCCGUCUUGUCACCGAGCAACGCCUCACAGGUUCCGUACAGGAGCAGUUGGAGCAUUUCUUGAAGGGUUUCCAUGACAUAGUUCCGGCCGAACUCAUCUCCAUCUUCAGCGAACAAGAACUUGAACUGCUUAUAUCUGGUCUGCCUGACAUCAAUGUUGAUGACUGGAAGAACAAUACCGAGUACCAUAACUACACUGCCGCAUCCCCGCAGAUCCAGUGGUUCUGGCGUGCAAUGCGAUCGUUUGACAAAGAAGAGCGUGCCAAGCUUCUUCAGUUCGUCACAGGAACCAGCAAGGUACCUCUCAACGGGUUCAAAGAGCUUGAAGGUAUGAAUGGCUUUAGUCGCUUUAACAUUCACCGCGACUACGGCAGCAAGGACAGGUUGCCAAGCUCUCACACAUGCUUCAAUCAACUCGAUCUCCCAGAGUAUGAAACAUACGAGGCUCUCCGGCAACAACUCUACACGGCCAUGACAGCUGGAAGCGAAUACUUCGGAUUCGCCUAAAAGCUUUUCGUCGCACAAACACAAACACCUCCACGAAAUUGACGAUAGUAUGUUUCCAAUUUUCAACUGCAUUGGCCGGCGUCGGGAGAGAUAUCGAAGGCUCGU